AUGAAAGUGGAGCUGCCAGUAUCAAUGAAAGUCACGAUAUUCUUGAUAUUCUCAAAAAGGGUAACUCACUUUGAGGAGUGUGAAUUCGAAAACUCCAGUAUAGUCCCCUAUAUGAUAGAUAAGCUGGCAAUGGAGUACCUGCGUGCAGUACAUAGUCAGCGCAUUUAUUCCCGAGAUGAAGCUGAGCACAGGGUAAAAGAUUGUUUUGCUGGCACCUUUCCUGAUCAUGUAGACCUGUUUCUCACAGGCAGGGACAAUUAUGGUAUACCAAAGAGCCACCAAACUUCUAAGAGUGUUGAAUGUAAAGAGGCAUGUUUUCUUUCUGAUGAGCAGCAGGAUUACUGGAAUCUCUUUAAAAAGGUGGUGGAACAAAGAGGGAAUGGGUCUGGGUUCAUCUUUAAAGAUCACUUUGUAAUUACCAGCAGUAAAUUUGGUGAUGAACGUGUAUUGUUCUGUGAACAAAGAAAAAUUCACAUUUCCAAUGCAGUCAUCGGCAAGCUUUCUUGUGAAGUUGCUUUUGUUGAUGUUGGAAAAGAUUUAGCUUUGCUUUAUUGCCAGGACCUUAAACUAAAUCAAAGUGGUAUUAAACCACUGCAGCUGUCUGAUUUCCCCUUGUUAACAGACAGGAAGCAAACUGUCAGUUUUGGUUAUCCUAGACCAUAUCCAUCUGAAAAAGCUUUUGUUGUAAAUGCUCCAGUCUGCGGUUCCAUAGAAACACCCCUGGGCUAUACCUUAAUGACAUUGCAAUUACCUCUGGACCUAGGUUUUUGUGGUAGUCCGAUACUCUAUAAGGUGAAUGGAAAAUGGAGUGUUGUAGGUGUUGUUAGAAUAAAGGAGCCUUUUGGAGAGUAUAUUUCAUUUGAUGAGCGACAAAUUAUUGAGAAAUUGUGUGCUAGUAGUAAUCCCUGUAAAUAUGAUCACAACCAAACAUCAUCAAUAGAUGCUUUGGCAUUCAGAUUAAUUAAUGUCCUUGCAGCUUGCCAGACCUGCAACUUGUAUGUGUUACCUGGGAAGUAUGUAAUUGAUUUUAUCAGCAAAGGCAUUGACAUUUUCCUUGGAAGGGGUAAAGAGGCUAUUCCUGAAGCUAUGUGA